AUGUUGACUUUGUUAGGGCCUCAUGGUUUCGAGAAAAGGAAUAAUUGCUGCCCCCUGCUGUCAGCCUAUGAGCUGGAAGAGAGCUUUAGGUUAUUUGAGUCCAUUUUAAGGAUGAGCCUAGUGAGAUUCAGAGAGGUUAAAGGACCUGCCCAUGGUUGCACUGCAAGUCAGCAGCAAGUUAUCUCUAGAUCACAGGCCACAAGAAGAAAUCUAGAUUUCAUACAUAGAAAAGAUUGCUCUGUUUGCUUCUCCUUAGGCAUUGACCAGGUGAUUGAGCCAGUUCGAGACAAGGCAGUUCUGUCUUGUGGUUACAACAUUUUCGUUAAUGAGCUGGUGAACAUGCGCGUCUACUGGCAAAAGCAAACUGAGAUGGUGCUGAGUGUCAUAAAUGGAAAAGUUGAGGUAUGGAAAAAUUAUGAGAACCGCACAAUUGCUGAUUUCAGCGGUAACCAUUCACUUGUCAUUUUGGGUCUUCGACUGUCUGAUAGUGGCACCUACACCUGCGUUAUUCAGAAGCUGGACAAAAUGUCUUACAAAGUGGAACAUCUGGCCUAUGUGAAGCUACUAGUCAAAGCCUAUUUUCCUGUCCCCAGCAUAACUGACCUUGGAAAUUCAUUUCCGAAUAUCAGAAGGAUAUAUUGCUCAACCUCUGGAGGCUUUCCAGAACCUCAACUCUUCUGGCUGGAAAAUGGAAAAGAGUUAAAUGCUACCAACAUUACAGUUUCUCAAGACCCUGAAACUAAGCUCUACACUAUUGGGGGUGAAUUGGAUUUUAAUGUGACAAAAAAUCACAACUUUCUUUGUCUUGUCAAAUAUGGAGACUUGAAAGUGUCACAGACUUUCAUCUGGGAAAAAAGUGAGUGA